CUCCAAGGCGGGGUCGAUUGAGCCUGUUGGCAAGGGCUCACAGUCAUCCAAGGCGCUGCCCCAAAAGGGCUCGCAGAAGGGCAACGGCAAGGGCGGAAAGGGCAAGAAGGGCAAGAAGGGUCGUCACCAGCAGUACGAUCUGAUCGUCACCAUCGACUUGGUGGAGUACGGCCUAACUGAGGAGCUGGUGGCAGAGUUCAAGGAGGCGUUCAUGCUGUUCGACAAGGACGAGGAUGGGGUGAUCAACAUGAACGAGCUGGGCGUCAUGAUGAAGACGCUGGGCCAGCGGCCGACAGAAACUGAACUAGAAAAAAUGGUAUCAACGGUGGAUCAAGAGGGUACGGGACAAAUAGAGUUCAACGAAUUCUUACAGAUGAUGGCUAAGAAGAUGGCAGGCAUGGAGAGUGAAGAGGAACUGAAAGAAGCCUUCAAGGUGUUUGACAAGGACGAGGACGGCCUGCUGACCGUUGGUGAGCUGCGGCACAUCAUGACCUCCAUGGGGGAGAAGAUGAGCAACGACGAGGUGGACGACAUGAUCCGAGAAGCCGAUAAGAACGGCAAUGGCAAGAUAAAUUAA